AUGAAGCACGAGGGCUGGGAUACUGCCAGGUUGCCGAAGCCUAGACAGGAGAAGUCGAGAGGCAGAGGGAGUAAAAAGAAUUCGGAUACUGCAUACGUAUGUAUAUGUGCGCCGUGUGAACAGGUGGCACGUAGUUAUAAGGUUUCACCAGCCCACUAUCCACGUACAUUGUGGGUCUCAGUCGUUCAUUUAUUUCCAUGUAAUUCCUACUAUUAUGGACAUCAGACAAACAUGCUUCUCCUUGAUGCUUUCAUGGUCACCCGGGUCUACAAUAUGAUGAUAACCUGCUAUGCCAUACGAAUGAAGCACGAGGGCUGGGAUACUGCCAGGUUGCCGAAGCCUAGACAGGAGAAGUCGAGAGGCAGAGGGAGUAAAAAGAAUUCGGAUACUGCAUACGUAUGUAUAUGUGCGCCGUGUGAACAGGUGGCACGUAGUUAUAAGGUUUCACCAGCCCACUAUCCACGUACAUUGUGGGUCUCAGUCGUUCAUUUAUUUCCAUGUAAUUCCUACUAUUAUGGACAUCAGACAAACAUGCUUCUCCUUGAUGCUUUCAUGGUCACCCGGGUCUACAAUAUGAUGAUAACGUAA